AUGGAACACUCUGCAGAUAGUUUUGAGUACCUGCUUCACCUUACGAAAGGUCUCAGCAAGGAAUGCAGAGCCACCCGUCAAGGAACGGAAAGAAUCGAGCUUUUGGUGCGAAGAUUGGCCAAGGUGACACAGUCUUCCUAUGAAGAGCUUUCAAAAGAGCCUUCAAGUCAAGUUUGGGACAGAUAUCACGAAAUAAGCGCAGAGAGCGAAAAAGAUAGACUUAUACGGGAAAACUUCGCUUUGGUAUACCAGAUAGAAUGCCAGGAAUACGUGUGCAAACGCAUUUGGGCCCUGAUCGACCAGAUCGAAGACCUGUUGGAGUCCAUCAAGCAGUUUGUGGUCGAGCAAGGAGCCCACAGGGCACGUACAGCAUCUCAAUUCAUCGAAGAUGUGGUUCAGACCCGAAUCAGAUCUGUGCAAAGUAGCAACCAAGAUCUCACAGAAACAACUAAGACGGCUCGUUCAAAACUCGAUUUGCUGAUGCAGGAAUUGCAGCAGGUCUGCAAACAGGUCAACUGGGACCAGGUUCAGAAAGCUGAGGAAAACCGGUAUCUUCAUACCAGGAUUCUGCGGGUGCAACAGAAGUACGGAAUUAAACUGAUUAGAUAA